CAUCCUCAGCAUCAGGACCAACACCCGUCUGGACGCGCGCGUCAGAGGAGGGAUGCAGGAGGCGGCAUGGAGGAGAGGUGCGCGCGGAUGUAGGGCUGUGGGACGCGGGGCGACGCUCUAAGCUCUGGUGUUAGCAGGCAGCUGCGCACCGAGCCGCUCUCUCCCCUCCCUCCGUCCCCUCCCCAGCAUCUCCUCUCAGCUCGCCGACCAUUCGCCAGGAAUCGACUCCAUCCACUCGGCGCCUCACCACCGCUGGCGUUCUGCACCGGGAUUUCACGCCACCAGAGAGAUUCUCCUUCGCUGGACAAAGGCUUUUGGAUUACAAGUGCAGGAGAAGCUCUUCAUGGAGUGCAGUUUCAGUCAUUAAAAGCAGGCUCUCCACUCGCAGGCAGCGAUUAACAGUCUGAGCUUCAACAAGCUGCGAUUCCAGGAAGCUUCUUCUUCAGCAGAUGACAAUAAUCAGUCGACAGGUUUGCCAUCCAUGGUUUCUGCCCUAAUCACAACCAUAUCAUCUUACAUUGUAAAGAUUUGCAAAGGAAUGUUUACAAAGAAAUUGGCCAACCCAAUCAAGAAGAAAGACAGACGUGAAAACAAAGACCCCAAGUUGAGCGCUGAUUUGCAAGCGCCAAAUCUAGCCCUCUCCACCACACUGAAGACCACGGUGAAGAAGAUUUCCAAAUGCUCUUCGGCACGUAACAUUUCCCUUGAAGAGGACGAAGGAAAGGGCGACUGCUCCUCCCUGUCGCCGACUUUUAGUUACCGCGUGGCCAUAGCAAAUGGACUUCCCAAAAACUCUCUCUUUUUGAAUAAUAAUGAAAAUAUAUUUCCUGAGAUUCUUUCAAUUGAUAGUAGCUAUUCUGAUUCCCUGAGUGACACAAAGCCGGUCCGUCGACUGGAUGAGCAUAAAUCUCACACCAUGCCGGUAAGACGAAACAGGAAGAGCCUCAUCAGUCUGGCUCCCUCUGAUGGCAGCUCUGAGGGCGAACGAGUGGAGCGCUCCAGUCUGCACACGCUCCGACUGGGAGCUCUGCGCAAGCUAAGAAAAUGGAAGAAGAGUCAAGAAUGUGUCUCCUCGGAUUCCGAGGUGAGCAACUGGAGGAAAACCCUCGGAAUUCGAAGCAAAUCCUUGGACCGCGCAGGUCGACAGCAAAAAAGCUCAACAUUGGAGCCGGGCUCCUCGUCCACGGGUUGCAUCAGCCAGACGCAAGACGUGAUGGAGAUGAUCUUCAAGGAGCUUCAGGGGAUCAGCCAGAUUGAGACUGAGCUAUCUGAACUGCGGGGCCACGUCAAUGCCCUGAAGAGCUCCAUCGAUGAGAUCUCCAGCAGCGUGGAAGUAGUGCAGAGUGAGAUUGAGCAACUCAGAUCAGGAUUUGUCCAGUCCAGAAGAGAAACACGGGAUAUCCACGACUACAUCAAGCAAAUUAGCCAUCAGGCCAACAACUCCACGUUGCGCUUCUUAAAUGUCCCAGAAGAAAGGUCCGAAAAAACGGAAAGUGUAAUAUACAAACUACUGAAAGAUAAGAUGGGUUUUAUUGAUGCACAUAAAACUAUUAAAAUUGAGCUUGCGCAUAGGUUAGGACAACAGCGAGAAUGUUCCAACGCUAAACCUCGCCCUAUAAUUGUUAUUUUUGCAUCAACGCAAGAUCGAGAUGUAGUUCUAAAAAAAUGCUACAAGCUCAAGGGCACUGGUAUCACGGUUUCUACCGAUAGCUUAUCUCAUGACGGAAAGGACCGAAAAGACAAAAUAACUUCCUCGCAAACCUACGAAAGCAUGGAUAUCAAGGUCUCAGGAAAAGAUAAGGUAGUCGAGAGCGACGACUGGGAUUCCAUGGACAGUGAUAAAGAGUUGGAUGAGUUGAGCAGGAACAAAUAUGCAAUGGUGCUUUCAAAGCCUGUUCAUAAAAGCAAAUCAGAAAAGAGGAGAUCCCAUGACCACAGUCGCUCAGGGGAGGAGGCAGGUUACUCUGGCUCGGUUCACUACGCCGAUGACACGUACUACGACCCAGACAAACACGCCAAAGGGUACUAUUCUGACAUGAACCCUGGUUGGCUUUCUCAGAGUGAUUAUUCCACUCCCAAACUCAGUCGCUCCGAAUCCGACUGUUCCAAACUUUGCCAGUCGUACUCUGAAGACUUCUCCGAAAGUCAAUAUUUCACACGGGCUAAUGGCGGUUCCCUGCUAAGUUCAUCAGAUCAGGAGCUGUGGCAGAGGAAGCAAGAAGACAUGGCCUCGUCCUGGUAUGCAAACCCCACUCUCGGACUUGAAGAUCAACCUUACGAACACAAUGAAAUUGAGACAACAGAAACGAUUGACAGUGGGGUAAGCAAUGGACUUGUUUGUAUGUCUGGGGACAGAAGCCACUACAGUGGCUCCCAAGUCUCUCUGCAAGGUGAUCUGUCCCCAUGGAAAGACUGGCAUCACCUUGAGCAAGGUGCGGAUUCAGGCUUGGAAGCUUCAAUAGAGGUUAGCAGUCCCUUUGACCCAUCAAGCAUCCCUGGCUUUCCAGAAAACAUUACGAAAUGCCAAGAGGUUGAUUUACAGUUUGAAGGCGAGGAAGAGUUUAUGAUGCUUGACAGAGAACCGCCCCUGCCACCUAUCACAACACACAUAAUAGAACGAGAGUCCAUCAAGACAUCCACUCGGCAACCUAAAGAAACAUAUAAAACCGUCACAAAAGAGAGCUCUAAAUUAUCAUCUAAGGAAGGCACUAAAGCAACCACAAAAACUAAUAAACAGCAUAAGGUAGCGCCAAAAGAGGAAACACCCAAAAUAGUGCCCAAGGAUAGUGCUAGUGUAUCAGCUAAGGUUUUACCAAAAGUUUCCUCAAAAGCCGUUCCAAAGGAUUUGCCGAAAGAUCAUCAGAAGCCCAUUUCUAGGGAACAGGCUUCAGUCCCUCCAAAAGACGGCCCAAAAAUAAAACCUAAAGACGCAGUAAAGCCGCCACCCAGAGAGGUGUCAAAGGCCAAUACUAAAGUUACCAAUAGCGAGUCUGUCAAAGUCACUAGAGGACUCCCAAAAGAUAGCCCGACUAUUACUCCCAUGUCGAUGAGCCCGAGAGAGUCACCAAAAGAGUCUCCUAAAAUGACCCCAAUCGAGAGCCCUGUCUCAACACCCAAGGUAUCUCCAAAAGAGUCACCCAAAGAAUCCCCAAAAGACUUGCCUAAAGUGCAUCCUAAGGAACCGCCGCAGGUGGCACCAAAAGAAAGUGUGAAAGCUGUCUCAAAAGACGUUCCCAAGGAACCUGCAAAGGUUCCACCAAAAGAGGUCACAAGGGAUAUGCCUAAAGUAGCCAAGGAAACCGCUGUAAUCACAAAGGAAGUUCCUCAAACGCCACCAAAGGAAACCCCUGUGGCGCCUGCUAAAGAAAGUCAGGUGAUUGCUCCCAAAGUUGCCUCUAAAGAAGCCCCAAAAGUUGGCUCCAAAGAUGUCCCUAAAACAGCUGCUAAAGAAGCCCCAAAAGCAGCCUCUAAAGAAACCCCUAGGGCUGUCGCUAAAGAAGCCCCUAGAGUGGUUCCCAAGGAAGGCUCCAAAACACUUCCCAAGGAGAAGUUUCCUGAGAUAGAUGUCAACCACGGCUUUCACCAGAACCAGAGUAAAUCAACUAGUAUGUAUCGCAGUCAGAGUGAAAUCCGGACAGAGAAAGUUGAGGAGGUUCCGAAGUCCUGGAGCAGUCGGCUUAGUAUAGAUUUGAGUGAGAAGUCUUUUGGUUUUGGCUUUGGAUCUACGUUGCAAAGGGCAAAAUCUGCUCUUGAGGUUGUGUGGAAGACAGGUGGUCCUCCUGCUCCUGCCCCAGCUCCAGCCGCUGCUCCUGCUCCCGCUGAGGAACCUCCAAACUCCUCAACGUCGUUUAUGGGACGCUUCCGUACUCUAUCCACCUCCGCAACAGGUAAUUCAGGAAGUACCGCUGACUCAGAAGUCAAGAAGGAACCUGUCUACAGCAAAGCAGAUGGAGAUAGAAAAGACGCGGAGGCAAGCGAGCAAUUGGCGGACAAUGAAACUGAUUAUGUUGAAGUUAUGGAACAGGUACUUGCAAAUUUGGAAAACAGGACUAACGUUAACGAAACGGAGCAAACAGAAGAACCUACGGAGGAAUUUGAGGAUUCUCAGAACUAUGAAAACUCUGGGGAAACCGAGGUUUCUCAAGACGCUGAUAUUUCUCAGGAUUUAGAGCCUUUUGAGGAGUCUGAAAUUCCAGAAGGUGUGGACACCAGUAAUCAACAAGUUCUGGAGUAUGAUUGUAGCCUGGAUGACCAAUAUGAAGAAGAGUACAGCGAGGAGUAUGAAACCAAUCUGACCGAGGACACUGCUGAGUAUGAUGCAAUGGUGGAGUACGUAGAUGUUGAGGAACCCGACGAAACUGAAGGCAAUGAUUUGACAGAGGACAUGGAAGAGGGAGUGGAGGAACUGGAGGAGGUAGAAGAAAUAAUAGAAGAGGCGGUUGAGGCAACCGAAAUAGUCGAGGAGCAACAGGAGGACGAAAACAAAAACGUUCAGGAAGAGAAACCUGUUGAACCCCCACCGAAGAAACGCAUCCGACCGACAUUCAAGGAGGCCGCUCUGAGGGCUUACCGGAAACAGAUGGCUGAGCUGGAGCAACAGAUUCUGGCAGGAGACAUCAGUGCUUUGGACACGCAGCCACGCAACGUUCUGGACCCCAAAGUGCUGGGCUUGCAGUCUGUGGGGGCUGGCAGCAUUCUUUACGGUAUUGACAGCAUGCCAGAUUUACGGCGCAAGAGGACAGUGCCUCUUGUCCGAGACCUGGCAGGCAUCUCGUUCGCUCUGGUGAACCGGUCUACCCUGAAUAACGAGGACCUGAAACUGCACGUCUUCAAGAAGACUCUCCAGGCCCUGAUCUACCCGAUAUCAUCCACCACACCGCACAACUUUGAGGUUUGGACGGCGACGGCGCCCACCUACUGCCAUGAGUGUGAAGGCCUGCUGUGGGGCAUCGCCCGGCAGGGCAUGCGCUGCUCCGAGUGCGGUGUUAAAUGCCACGAGAAGUGCCAGGACCUGCUCAACGCCGAUUGUUUACAAAGGGCGGUGGAAAAGAGCUCCAAACAUGGUGCCGAGGACAAAACCCAGAACAUCAUCAUGGCCAUGAAGGAGCGCAUGAAGAUCAGGGAGAAGAACCGGCCCGAGGUGUUCGAGGUGAUCCAGGAAAUGUUCCACAUCUCCAAAGAAGACUUCGCCACCCACCUCAAGACAGCCAAACAGGCUGUUCUGGACGGAACCUCCAAGUGGUCGGCCAAGAUCAGCAUCACAGUCAUGAGUGCUCAGGGUCUCCAGGCGAAGGACAAGACCGGCUCCAGCGACCCUUAUGUCACCGUCCAGGUGGGAAAGACCAAGCGGCGGACCAAGACCAUCUUUGGCAACCUCAAUCCGGUCUGGGACGAGAAGUUUUACUUUGAAUGUCACAACGCCACUGACCGCAUCAAAGUGCGAGUGUGGGACGAAGACGACGACAUCAAGUCGCGGGUCAAGCAGCACUUCAAGCGGGAGUCAGACGACUUCCUGGGCCAGACCAUCAUCGAGGUCCGCACCCUGAGCGGGGAGAUGGACGUUUGGUACAAUCUAGACAAGAGAACUGACAAGUCCGCGGUGUCCGGUGCCAUCAGACUGAAGAUCAGCGUGGAGAUGAAGGGAGAGGAGAACGUGGUUCCACCUCAUGGCCAGUACACAUGUUUACAUGAGAACCUGUUCCACUACCUGACGGAGGUGAAGAGCAACGGCGUGGUGAAGAUCCCUCAGGUGAAAGGGGAGGAGGCGUGGAAGGUCUACUACGACGACGUGUCCCAGGAGAUCGUGGACGAGUUCGCCAUGAGAUACGGCGUGGAGUCCAUCUAUCAGGCCAUGACGCAUUUCUCCUGUCUGUCAGCUAAGUACAUGUGCCCCGGCGUGCCGGCGGUGAUGAGCAACCUGCUGGCCAAUAUCAACGCUUACUUCGCCCACACGACCACCACCACCACAACCACCGCCUCUGCCUCUGACCGAUUUGCUGCCUCCAAUUUUGGGAGGGAGAAAUUUGUCAAACUGCUGGACCAGCUGCACAACUCGCUGAGGAUCGACCUCUCCAAAUAUCGGGAUAAUUUCCCCGCUGGGAACCAAGAGCGGCUCCAAGACCUCAAGUCGACAGUGGACCUGCUGACUAGCAUCACCUUCUUCAGGAUGAAGGUGCAAGAGCUCCAGAGUCCCCCGAGGGCCAGCCAGGUUGUGAAGGACUGUGUGAAAGCGUGUUCCGACUCCACGUACAAGUACAUCUUUGAUAACUGUCAUGAGCUCUACAAUCAACUCCUGGACCAGAGCCGGAAGCAGGACAUUCCCCGCGAGGAGCAGGGCCCAUCAAUAAAGAACCUGGACUUCUGGCCAAAGCUCAUCACCCUCAUGGUGUCUGUAAUUGAUGAGGACCGAACGGCGUUCACCCCAGUCAUUAAUCAGUUUCCGCAAGAGCUCAAUGUGGGCCAGAUCAGCGCCGAGAUCACGUGGAACCUCUUCGCCCUGGAUAUGAAGUACGCCAUGGAAGAGCACGAUAAGCAUCGCUUAUGCAAGAGUACGGAAUACAUGAAUCUUCACUUCAAAGUCAAAUGGUUCCAUAAUGAGUAUGUGCGGGAACUGCCGGCCUUCAAGGGUGUUCCUCCCGAAUACUCUCUGUGGUUCGAGCCAUUUGUUAUUCAGUGGCUUGAUGAGAACGAGGACGUUGCCAUGGAUUUCCUCAACGGCGCUCUGGAGCGAGACAAAAAAGACGGCUUCCAGCAGACCUCGGAGCACGCCCUCUUCUCCUGUUCCGUGGUGGACGUGUUCACUCAACUGAACCAGAGUUUUGAGAUUAUCAAGAAGCUGGAGUGUCCCAAUCCCCAGGCCCUGGCGCACUUCAUGUGCCGCUUUGCGAAGACUAUCAACAAGGUUCUUCUGCAAUAUGCUGCAAUCAUUUCCAAGGACUACUCUUCGCAUCUGACCAAGGAGAAUGUGCCGUGCAUACUGCUCAACAACAUCCAGCAGCUCCGGGUCCAGCUGGAGAAGAUGUUCGAGUCCAUGGGAGGAAAACAGGAGGAGGGGGUUGUGUCCUUUUGUAAGCUGGAUGCUGAGGCCAGUGAUCUGCUAAAGGAGCUGCAGAAUAAACUCAACACGGUGUUGGAUGAACUCAGUGGAGUCCUGGGAUCCAGUUUCAAACCGGUGAUCGAAGACUGCGUGAAGCAGAUGAACCAGGAGCUGGUCCAGAUGAAAGGACCUAUCAAAGGGAGCAAUGCUGCCAUGGAUGCCGAGACUGUGCUUCGACCUCUCAUGGACCUCCUGGAUAAAAAUUUGAUGCAGUUUGCCAAGAUUUGCGAGAAGACGGUGCUGAAGCGGGUCCUCAAAGAGCUUUGGAAAAUCGUGCUCAACACCAUCGAGAGGACAAUCGUUCUGCCGCCGCUCAGUGACCAGAGUCAAGGAGCUCAGAUGAUCUUCAAUGCAGCCAAGGAUUUGGGACAACUGUCCAAACUGAAGGAACACGUGAUCCGGGAGGAAGCCAGGAGUCUGACACCGCGACAGUGUGCAGCCAUGGACCUAGUGCUUCCCACCAUCAAGCAAUAUUUCCAUGCUGGCGGAAACGGGCUGAAGAAGACCUUCCUGGAGAAGAGCCCCGACAUGAAGUCCCUCAAAUAUGCGCUCAGCCUUUACACUCAACCUACAGAUGCCUUGAUCAAGAAAUAUAUAUGCACGCAAACCUCUCAAGGUCAAUCAUCCAACGGAUCGGUGGGCGAGGUGUCCAUGCAAGUGAACCUCAUCUCCCACCCGGGGACCGGAGAGCACAAAGUCAGCGUGAAGGUGGUAGCCGUCAACAACCUGAUGUGGCAGACCAACGCCAUGUUCCGCCCCUUCGUGGAGGUGAACGCCAUCGGACCCCACCUGGCCGACAAGAAGCGCAAGUUCAGCACCAAGACCAAGAACAACAACUGGUCACCAAAGUACAAUGAAACAUUCCAAUACGUUCUGAGCAACGAACACGGGCCAGAGGCCUACGAACUGCACGUGUCAGUGAAGGACUACUGCUUCGCCCGCGAGGACCGGAUCAUCGGCAUGACGGUGAUCCAGCUGCGCGAGCUGGCCGACUCCGGCAGCUGCUCCGCCUGCUACCCGCUGAUGAGGAGCAUCUCCAUGGACGAGACGGGCCUCACCAUCAUGAGGAUACUCUCUCAAAGGACCAACGACGAGGUGGCCAAGGAGUUUGUGCGUCUCAAGACGGACACGCGCUCCGCCGAGGAAGUGUCGUAGUCUGGAGGCGAAACCUGGGAAACAUGCAGUAUUAAGAGUUGUCUUAAGCUAGCGAGCGUUGCGGAGCGGGGGGCGGCCCGGAAGGGCCCCCGGGGCGGAGGCUGCCAACCGCAGCGGGUGGAGAUUGUCCAAAGAGAAAGAAGGGGGAGGCGGCCCAGACGGGCGAAGCAGUAUCGGGCGAGCCAGAGCGAGAAAGAGAGAGAGUUGUGUUUGUUUGUUUUUGUGCAUGUGCGUAAAACAUCUGUUGGAAUGUUCAUUUUAAAACUACAGUAUGUACAAGUGUUUACUUACCGUAUGCUUAUAAGUACUAUAUUAUACCAGUUACGUUAUCGAGACAUGAAAUACCUUUUGUACAACAUUUAGUCUUUUUGAAGAGAAAUUUGUUCCAAUAAAGUGCCAAACCAGUGGAAGUGAAAAAAGAAAACAACACAAAAAAACGUAUUCGGAUUAUGGUGUUUGGAAUUGCUCGGUUAAUCUGUCCGGUGUAAGUCUGACCGUGUGGAUUGUUGCAAAGUCUUUCAUUUUGCACCCGCGUUAAAACAGUGGAGAAAAAAAAAAAAAAAAAAACAACGUUUGGGCUUCACGUUCUUCCACACAGCACUGUUGUGCAUGUCCUGUUUUCAUGUCUCUCCCGGCGGGGGUCCCGACCGCCUCCAACCCCCCCCCCCUCAAACUCUUUGUAGUCCACCUGAAGAUGUUUUUUUAAAUGGCGAUGACUGCUACGUAAACCUUCAUAGGUGUUUGUAAUUUUCUAACCAUGCCAACAGUGACGACGGCCUCCAGUGCUCACCUGCGGUUUCACUCUGGGUUGACUUUCUUUUGUGUUCCCCUCCUCUUUCUGUUCAUCUAUCAGCUUCCAGCCUUCGAACGACCACUGUGAACAUGACGUGCAGACGGUUUGAUCUCAUUUCUCCGAGUUUAUUCCCGACAAACUGCCAAAGUUCUCGAUGAUAUUUGUACAAAAGCACUCCAUUACAUGUAUGAAGACUUAGAUGUACAUGUGUUACUUUUUCAAAGCUUGAUUGUUGAUAGAUUUUAUUUUCCAAUACAAAGGUUACUUUUUCGACUCGGCUCAUGAAAUCCGCUUCGGUCAUCGAAUUAUUUUUUUCUUCAUGAAAAGGAAAGAGUCUAACAUUUUGGUAAAUAUGCAACAUUCCUAUGUAUUGCACUGAUGGCAACUUGUAUGUCAUGUAAAUAUAAUUAGUGAGAUAUUGUACAAAAGUCUACUUUUCUUCAAUGUGCAUAAAGUAUGGCAAAUGUGUUCAGACAUCUGGGUCAUUGUCAUCCAACGCCUGCUGCCUUUUUGUGUCCCGUCGAGAGGUUCCACAGACGAGGCUUCGCGCAGAGCGUUGCUGGAGAAGAUCAACCAUCGACUCCUCCUGGAGUCAAGAGUCAUGUUGUUGGGGUCAUCAUCCCGCUGGAGUCAACGCAGAACCUCUAGUCUCCUUGGGGUUGCAUGUGUUUCCUCCGGUUGCCUCCCACAGUCCAAAACAGUGUUGUAGUGAUGGGCUGAUGAGGCUUCAUGAAACAGUGUCCUCAUUUUCAGAGCCCACUAGAGGGCGCUCUCUGCUCUAAAAUAGUUGCAUUUGUGAUUUAACCUCACAUCAUUUUAUAACCCAGAGCGCCACCUACUGAGCUCUGAAAAUGACGACACUGUUUCUUGAAGCUCCAUCACUAUCAUCUUUGACUCUCCAGUUCAUAUGCUUUAUCACUGUGUUUGCAAAUCCAGACAUGUCUCAAAGUCUUGAACCUAAACCCAGGUUCAGAUAGACUCGUCCGUCAAGGAAUGCCAUGGAAGAUGGAUGAGAAAUCAUAUUAGAGCUGUGUGAAAACGUGAGAGAUGUGAACCUCAUCAUCUCAAAGUGAGAAGCAACCCAAAACCCUUGACAAAACUGGUUUACUCAAAGAUAAAGGAUCCAAUAGGGUUCACUUUCACUUUCCACUGUUGGUCGUGGAUCACAUUGUGAUCAUUUUUAUCCGACUUGAAUUCAACCUGUCACUCGUGAUGAGCUCAUGAGGCUUCAUGAAACAGUGUGCCGACUAGGUGGCAGAGCUCUGAAAGUGAGGGCACUGUUUCAUGAAGCAUCCUCACUAUCUCUGAAGGGAGGUUUAUUGUUACGGGCGGCCUUUAUUUGUUGCCACUGGAAAUGAGGUUGUCAGAGGUUGUGACUCGAUGGGAGGAAACCUGCGUCCUCUGCACGGCGGGACGCUCCAUCAAUCUUUUCCAGAACGAUUGAGUGAUGUUUGGAGGACACGGAGAUCGCGGGUUGAACGUAUCAACAUCUGCAGCGUCAGGUCAGCUGACAGAUGGCGCCGUGACCUGAGAUGUCGAGAAAAUGUUUCCGUCUCCUGGUGUGAGUCCAGGCCUUUUUUCAUGGUCCUGCUCUGAAUCACAAGUCAUGAGUCGAACCUGAGGUGAUGUCCUGGAUGUCACAGUCAUGUCGUGCUUCUGCCAGUGUUUUAGGCUCCAAAGCAGGAAGUGUCUUGGAGAACAGGUGAGCUGUGUGACCCGUGAGGUCGCUCACGUCAGUGUGGGGUCAAAUGUUUGAGUUUUUCUCUCUGAGCCUUUAAAAAAGCCACAAAUAAUUAAGUUGUCUUCUUCCCUGGUCAGAACUAGACAGCUACAUCCAGUGGAACGGACCACAAUCUCUGCUGUCCACACUGAUGCUUUUAAGGAUUUUGGUGUCUGACAGCUGCCGCAGGUCAACGCAACAUCUGAAGGUACGCUUCCCGCAGGCACUGUAGCCAAGUUGCUCCUACAUUCCUUUGAUGUGAUGGGCUGAUGAGGCUUCAUGAAACAGUGCCCUCACAUUCAGAGCGCAGUAGGUGGUGCUCUCGCUUUAAAAAAGGAGAGGGAUUCCAUUGUUAUGGUUGUUUCUAUCCAAAGAUUGUAAAGCACAGAGUGACAACGAGGACACGGUUUCACAGAGCCUCAUAACUGAACACUUAUGACAGAGGAGUCAUGUUAAAUAUGGAGGUUGAGAAGCGAAACUAUUGAUUUGCUGAAAUAAAGUAUUUCAAUAAAAUAUGUGGAGCCUCGUAACAUGAAACCGAUGAAAUCACGGGUGUUUUAUUGACAUUAAAGCGCUCAAAAUGCGCCGUUUGCCCUUGCGUGUCCGCAGCGCCGCCAACAGAGCCGAUCUCCUGACCCACUGAACUUCGGACUCGUGGGUGAAAACAGCACAUUGUGAGCCUUUUAAUGUUCAUAAAAGAUGUGAGGAGUUCAUGAUUCAAGUCCAGAACAUUGUCCAGUUUGUUUCAUGAGUCAGACUCCAUACUGGAGUCCAUUUUCCAACCACUGCACCGUGACUUAUAGGCAGGUGGGUCUUGUGUAUGAACAAGAUUU